AUGGAGACGAAAAGUGAGGCUUCUGGAAGAGAUCUGAGGGACCCGGUCCUUCUUUCUCUGCUCCCUCGAUUCUCUUCUGUUUCGUCUGCCGGUCAUUCAGCAGAAUCUUCCCUCGUUCCAGAACCGUCGCGAGGAUCCCUCCAGCGGAGCCUCCGCGGUGCCCGCUUGCACAGCGUAGAUCCUUUGGAUCGAGGUGUAUGUACACCUGGGAUUCGUUCCACUGCGAAUGCCAGAGGGGAUGUUCCCCCGUUCUCUACUGUUACAAGCGCCUUCUACAGGGCGUCUUUCUCGUUUUUUCGGCCACCUGUCUUGUCCCUGUUCCCUGCGUCUUCCGGUGUCGCCUUCUGCUCAUCCGAACUUCCAAAUGUCUCUCCGAAAGCAGUCCCUUCCACCAGUCCGCGAGCGAAUCCUUCAAGCUGCCCCGUCUCGCGUCCCACCGUCACUUCAGCCGGGCAAGGUUGUCCUUUCGGCCACGGAAAAUCCGAACGCGCUGCGUCGGAUCUCGUGCCUGCGGGCCCCUCCGACGUUUCCACGGACUCUUCCUCGUCUGGGACCGCGAAUGCGGUUUCUUGCCCCGCGUCUGUGUUCGGGUCUGUGUGUCCGGUAGAGCAUGGGUCUUCUGGUGCCUCCCUCUCGGGCAAUUCCGCGGAGUUGCCCCAGGAGUGUCCCAUGAAGAGGCUACCAGUUCGAAAGUCCUUCUUUUCCUCGCUUUUCUCGUCCUCCCCCGCUCCUUCCUCGUGCCCGUAUGGUUUGGGCGAGGGCGGCGAAAACGCCCAAGGAGUCCAGGUCGAGGUCCCUGCGGGCCUCAGUGACGCUCGAGAGAAGUCGACGAUUCCUUCCGUCUCAGGAGAGAACUGGAACUACCCGUCAGAAAAACAGUUCUACCGGGUGACGCGAGCGAAGGGCCACCAAGUCGAUCCCGGAGACAUGCCUGCAAUUGUGGCGAUUCACAACGCUGUGAAUGAGCAGACGUGGACGGAAAUUCUGCGCUUUGAGGCGUUUCACCAACGCGAGUGCGACACGCCGAAGCUCGUGCGCUUUGUUGGCCGACCUGAGGAGUUGACGUUCAAAGCGCGAAUCAAGCACUUUCUCGGUUACGAGCGGCCCUUCGACCGCCACGACUGGCUCGUCGACCGGUGUGGAACCAAAGUCAGGUACUUGAUCGAUUUCUACGAUGGACGAGCGCCCCCGGAAGAAGAGGCCAGAGGCAAGGUAGCGAUCUACAUUGAUGCCAGGCCGGACGUCCUUAGUCCUCAUGGUCUACGGGACCGUGUGAGAAUGUUUCUUACCAAGAAAGGCUGGUUGCAGCGGUAA